AUGAGCUCCCCUGUUAUUAUUAUUACCGGUGCUUCCCGUGGAAUCGGUCGCUCAGCAACCUUUUUGGCAUUGUCAAAGUUUAAUGCUCGUGUGGUUGCUGUUGCCCGCGACGAAAGCAGACUCAUUGCACUAAAGUUGGAGGCACAGGCGAUGGGAAAAGCAGACAACCUUAUUACUGUGACUGGCGAUGUUACCAACGAAACCACUAAUAGCAAUGCUGUCGAUCAGGCAUUGUCAACUUGGGGUCAAUUAGAUGCUAUCAUUGCUAAUGCUGGUGUUCUUGAGCCUGUGGAUACUAUUGCAAACGGAUCUCUUGAAGUGUUUAAGCACUUGUUUGAUGUCAACUUUUUCUCUAUUAUCGAUCUCUGUCAGAAAGCCCUUCCUCACCUUCGCAAGACAAAGGGUUCCAUUAUUAUGGUUUCCUCCGGAGCUGCAUUAAAGGGUUAUCGCGCCUGGGGUGCUUAUGGCUCCUCCAAGGCUGCAUUGAACCAUUUGACCAACACUCUUUCUGUCGAAGAGCCUGAUGUUACUACAAUUGCCAUUCGCCCUGGUGUGGUCGAUACCGAGAUGCAGGGUUUGUUACGUUCAAUUGGCAAGGACACAAUGGAAGGUGAUUAUCAAAAGUUUGUUGACCUCUACGAGGCCGGUAAGCUCAUUAAGCCCGAACAACCUGCUCAUGUCUUGGCUGCUCUUGCUGCAAAAGCACCAAAGGAACUCUCUGGUCGCUUCAUUAGCUGGGAUGAAGAUAUCUUGGCUGAAUAUCGUUCUUAA